UUUUCACGGUCAUCAUAAACAUAUCAAAUUCGUUUUUCUUUGAGUUUUCAGGAGAAAAUUGUGAAUUAUCAGUAAUUGUGCUAAGCAGCGAAAGUUAUAGAAAGUGGAGAUUUACUUUUUGUAUAUCAGCGGCAUUGUUUUUUGUUUGUUUUACAAGAAAAAACAUUACCCCCUCCAAGAGAGCAUCGCGUUGAGCUGAAAUCAGUGGGAGUUGAACAAAAAUAACAUUGUUGGAUUAAUUUGUUCUUGUUUGUGUCAUCAAUCGCAAAAUACAAAUGUAGAAAAUGUGCAUUUUCAUACCAUCAGAAGAAUGCAGCAAGAAUUUUGGUAGAGGCAAAAGUAAAGCAAAUAUUUGAAUAUGAAUUUUCAGGUAGUAUCAUGCGAGACGUGAACAAUAGUCUCUCGGCGUAGUUAAUCCAACAUGGAUAGGACUAGUAAACUUAUAGCCCCAUUAUCGUUGUCACUGCCAGAAGAGCACAACGGAGAAGUGAGACGAUCGUCAUCAUUGUCGUUACAUAAACCUAAACAUUUCCAGCAUCGUUUCGGUGUUCCGAAAAUGCUAUUUCUUUUACUCUUCUGCGGUUUACCUUUGGCAUCGUUUGGUUUGUCUUUGACGAAAAAUUCGCAGCAUCAAUCGUGCGACAAAACCAGGCGAGUAUUCACUGAGCCGUACGGUGAGAUCAGCGAUGGGCCAUCCGGAUAUAAUUACACACAAGAUUCGCACUGCGAGUGGCUGAUACGAGCUCAGAACGAAAGCCAAUUCAUCUCAUUAACUUUUCGGAGCAUGGGAACUGAGUGUUCGUACGACUAUAUUUUCAUCUACGAUGGGGACUCGUUUCGUUCGCCGCUGUUAGGGAGCUUCAGUGGGAAAACGGAACCGCAACGAGUGACGGCUUCUUCUGGCAGUAUGCUGGUGCUCUUAUACAGUGACACUAAUUAUGUCCUGGAAGGAUUUAAGGCCGAAUUUUCCGUAACAAACUGUCCAAAUAACUGCACGAAUCAUGGAAAAUGCGUCGGACAUUCAUGUGCUUGCGAAAGUAAUUGGGUUGGGCUUGAUUGUAGUCAGGAUGCAUGUCCAGAUAGCUGCGGUCAGGACGAGGACAGAGGAAUGUGUAUGAAUGCGAAAUGUGUCUGUUUCAAUGAAUACUCCGGUCAGUCAUGCAGCCUACAUAAAAGUCGUCCCACACCAAAUGAGUGGCAUUGGCUGUCCAAUUCGAAAAAUGGUUUAGCGCCGCGAGCUACACAUACUGCCGUCUAUUAUGCCCCCACUGAUUCUCUAUACGUUUUUGGUGGCUAUAAUCUGAACGAAGUGCUGGAUAGCCUACACAUUUACCGAUUUGCCAAAAGCCAAUGGGAAAAUGAAUGGGGUCUAAAUCUAGGUAGCGAAGAGCUUCGGAGUGCACGCCAGACGAACGGGAAAUCCCAAAUAAGAGUGCUCCUUUCCGAAGAAAACAGUGGGCCUAACUUUUUCAACACCGUCAUCUAUUCCCUGACUGACAAUAGGACGGGCCCAUUUGGAAGGGUGUUCUCAAAUGGAUCUAGGCCAGUCGGGCGAUAUGGACAUGCAGCAUGUACGGUGAAAGACGGAUUUGUAAUUUUCGGAGGAAAACUAGCAGGCGGACGUUUGUCCAGUGAUUUGUGGUUGUAUAACAUUAGCGAUAAUAAUGGAACAUGGUCGGAGAGAGCACAGAGUUCAACGUUCAAACCUCCGUCAUUGACAAGACACACGCUCACCUUUGCUAAUGACUAUCUGUAUGCAUUUGGAGGAGCAUUUGAAAAUGGUGAAUUUUCUUCGCGAUUGUUUAGAAUCAGGCUGUCGACUGAUCCAUCCGAGGAGCAGUGGGAGGAAGUAAUCCCCAGAGGUGGAAAGACACUAGAUCUUCGUAUCGUGGCACAUACUACAUCCUAUCAUAGGCAUAGUAAAUCAUUGAUAGUGUACGGCGGAGUUGUGGCAGGGGUAGCUAGAUUUUCCAAACUAUCGGAUCGCAUGUUCUCGUUCCAUUUGGAUCAUUUGCAUUGGGCUGAAAUAAUGUAUCCACGGACGCCGUUGAGAGAUGCCUACAUUCCGCGUGAACGAGCUUUUCACACGACUACCAUCAACGGGAACUAUUUGAUCGUAUUUGGAGGUUAUUCACAUCGUCACAAUAAAGAGGAGAUUUGUUAUGAUAAUCAAAUGUACUUGUACCAUCUGGGCUGCCACAACUGGGUCAAUCAAGACGUUUUGGGAAACAGCCGAAAUGCACGGUACCCCAAACAGCAAGGUGUGUUUGCUCACGCUGCAGCAUUGAGAAAUGGAAACACUCUUUUCCUGGUAGGAGGCUAUCAUGGAAACGUGAAUGGUGAUAUGCUUGCUUACACAUUACCACCGUUGCUUAUCGUUGAGAACGAGGAAGAUUUUGAACCAGAGUCUGCCUGCCCAAAGCAUACUUCAGUUAACGAAUGUCUCUCGGAUCCGGAAUGCGGAUGGUGUUCAGCUGAUAAUGUAUGCUACGGUCGGACGGUAGGUGCGAAUUGUACUACAAAUCUACAAACAACACGAUGUCGUGGCAUUUGUCCAGCUCUUGGAGAUUGUCAUUCGUGUUUAAUUCAUGGUUCAGCUGCGAAAGGAAGCUCCAAAUCGGUGUCAAACAAGUUGGGCUUUGAUCGGUGCACAUGGUGUGUUCAAAACGCCCGAUGUCAUCACAAGAAUGAUAACUAUGGAGUUUGUGGGGAAGAUACGCCUUCGCAAAACCCCGGAUGGUGGGGUUCCAAGGGAACCGAAGUUUUAACACCGGAUCAAUGCACUCUGAAAGAUACACGUCCAGGACUAACUUUCCUAAAAUAUCUGGAUCCCGUUAAUUGGUCCAUGCCCGAUUCGGUUAUGGUAGUUAAUGCCACCAUGGUAGAUUUUAACCUUCCAUCAACCACAACCCACACCGAGCAGUCUUUUAACGGACAGGUUGUCGCUCGAUUACUUGGAUUCAUUCGGCCACCGCCAGUUUGGGAAGGUGCUGGUGAACGACUACGGGCUUGUGCCAGUUAUUCCCAAGCUGUACUUCGCAUGGCCUCAACCGAUUUGAGUAACACAAACUCUAGGAAAAAAAUCGUCCCCGUGGUAACAGCAAACAUCACCGCUAGUCAAACUGUUUGCGAAAUGGCUCAGUGGAGAAGUUUGGAGCCCCGAUUCCGAGUGAUGGUCGAUUUCCAAGCCAAACGCAGUACGAACGUGAACAUCCAAAACAACCAUCAACAGAUCAGUAAAAUGGGACUCCAGCACAGCGCUAUCGGCCAAGAAAAUCCCAAGACAUUCACGUUCGAAUUUUUGGAACCAUUUUCCAACGGCUCAUGCAGUUCCUAUAUGAACUGCCUUCACUGCCUGUCCGAUUCGCUCUGUGGAUGGUGUGAGCUAACAGUGCAGUGUGUUUCACGUCAGACAAAUGAAUCCACGACCUGUCGGAAAGAAUCAAAUUGGCGUUAUCUAACUGUUCAACCGGCACAAUGCUCGAACUGUUCCAACCACAUCUCGUGCGAACAGUGUAUUGAGACCGGGAUUUGUGAAUGGUGGGCAGAGGAUGCUAGGUGUUCACGAAAAGGACGAUCUGUGACGGCGGUUACCGAGCUCGAACAAUGUCCAGUUCCCUGUUAUCUACGCGCCAAUUGUUCCACAUGUUUAAACGAACGAGGACGUUGCGUUUGGUGUGAAGCUACGAAUCAAUGCUUCAGUUUCUCCGUUUAUACGAGUGAAUACCAGUUUGGGUUGUGUCGAGAAUGGUUGGAUCAAACCAUGCCAACACCAACUAGUAGCGGACAGCUUCCGAAUCAACCGGUUCAACAGUGCAAAUCAUGUGGUAGCCAUAAGAAUUGUUCCCAGUGUUUACGGUCUCUAAGUUGUGGGUGGUGUUACGACGCGGAUAAUCCUAUCGAAGGCAUGUGUAUGCAUGGUGACUUCAACCGGUCUACGCAUAGUUGCCAGACAGCUUUGAACACAACUGUGGAGAAAGCAAGAUGGUCUUAUGCUCAGUGCCCUGAUGUGGACGAGUGCGAAUUGGGGCUGCAUGAUUGUCACGAGCAAGCGGAGUGCUCCAACACACACGGUUCAUACACCUGUCGAUGCCGGAAAGGUUACCUGGGAGAUGGAGUUCGGAAUUGUAUUCAAACUUGUUACGAAACGUGCGUUCAUGGGUAUUGCUCCGGUGGGCCUGACUACAAAUGUCAGUGCGACCUGGGGUGGACCGAAAUAGAUUGCAGCCAAAAUUGUGAAUGCAAUAAUCACUCUACUUGUCUCCAGGGUGUAGGAAAAUGUGAUAAAUGUAUGAAUUGGACUGAAGGCCAGUAUUGUGAGCGAUGCAGUCCAGGAAGUUUUGGUAAUGCCACAUCUGAGCUGGGAUGCCAACCAUGCGAUUGCAAUGGACAUGGAAAUGAAGCUUUGGGUAUUUGUGAUUCUCAGACGGGUGAGUGCUAUUGUCAGGAUAAUACUGAAGGAUUGAAAUGUGAAAUGUGCAACCGAAACUUUUUCGGUGAUCCCAGAGGAGGAGGACAGUGCUACUAUCAAUGCGAACCGCGAGGCGUGCUGACAAAUAUUGGGACCGAAGGAAUCGGAUCGUACCAAUCACACCGAUCUGUGCGAGGUGGUACAGAGGCUCGGGAAUGCUUGUGGAUUAUUAGCCCAUAUGUAAAGCAUGGAGUGGAACUGAAGAAUGCUAUAAUUCAAUUCGAAAUUGAGCCGCAAGAUAUGAACGUUACUUGUGGUCAAAAUGCAGUAUACGUGUACGAUGGUUUACCGGACCUAACGGGAGCUACUCAACAGAAACAGUUGUUGGCUGUGUUUUGCAGUGAAGAUAAAAGUCCAUGGAUAACCGAAGCUCGGUCAGGUCAUCUGACCAUCCAUUACAAGCAAGGAGGACAUGGUCAGGGCUUUAAAGCAGUGUACAGUGUAAUGAGUUGUUCGAUCAACACUUGCAAGCGUCCAUAUGUCUGUAUUGACGAAAGAUGCGUUUGUCCGAAAGGCUUUGCCGGACCUCGCUGCUCGUUGAAAAUAUGUCCUUCAGAUUGUAAUGUCGAUUUGAAGCAGGGAGUUUGCGAUGUCGGGUACGGACGUUGUACUUGCACUACUGGGUAUGGAGGCGCCGACUGUUCACGUCCCAUCAAGCCAUCGAAUAUUGUGUUUCUGGAGCUGUUCAACUCGUAUCUCAUUUCCGACAGCUUUGAACACCUACGCAAAACGUUACCGCGCUUUGGUCACUCUCUGGUCGCAGAUCGUCGUGGAUCGCUUUGGAUGUUCGGUGGAUACUCCUUGUCCCAUGGACCGUUAAACGAUAUUCGUCAAUUCGACACGAAAAAUAACACAUGGAUGCAAGUUACGGUCGAUUCCAGCCCAGAAGACCGAAUGCCCCUGGGGAGGUAUUUCCAUGCUGCAGAAAUAAUAUUCUCAAAGCAAGCGAUUUACAUUUAUGGAGGACUUUCCCGGAACCAAUCUUCAUACAUAGUGUUGGAUGAUUUCUGGCAGUUUGGCUUACAAACUCAACGUUGGAGUAUGGUAACUCAAAAUGGAUCAAAGCCACCACCAUUGGCAGGGCAUACGAUGACAUUGGUGAAAGAGGCUGACAAGGAAAUCCUUCUUAUAAUAGGAGGAUUCUCUGUCGCAGGUGGCAUGCACAAUCAUAUAUGGAUGUUUGAUUUGAGUUCAAACAGCUGGUCAAAGGUACUGACCACUGGAGCUAAACCCACCGGUAUUUUCGGUCACAGUACAGUUUGUCAUCCAACCAAACAAAUCCUGUAUCUUUUCGGAGGAAUACUGUAUUCUGGCGGUAGAACGAAAGUUUCUCAUAAGCUUUAUGCGUUCAGCUUCAAGAAUCUCAAAUGGACCGAGCUACCGGUUUUUGUUAACAGACCAACGGAUUAUGUUCCUCAAGCCAGAUAUUUGCAUUCGGCUGUCACUACCGAUAACUAUAUGUUGGUGUUUGGUGGCAGGACGCACCCUGGAAGCGAAGGUGAUGCAAUAGUAGCUUACGUAUACAAAUGUAAUCAAUGGAUAAAGCUGAGUGGAGACAUUGAAGUAAUAGGGAAUAGUUUCGACAAGACUUACGCCCAAGCGAUGACCCAAGAUCCGGACCAUGAUGCAUUCUACGCGGUCGGGGGUUGGGAUGGAAGCAGCUACAGUCGUGUUACAAAAAUCAUCAUGCCGCAAGAUCUGUGCGAUCUCUGGAGCAGCUCUAAGUACAUUUGCCGACAAUAUAUGGGCUGCAGCUUUUGCGCAAUCAAAACAAUGGAAGAGUACAUCUCUCAUUGCUACUCGGUGGGAAAUUCUGAUAUUUGCGAUGCACAAAAUGGCACACUAUCAUUCAACAACGGUGCAUCGUGCGACGAAGAAUGGAUGUCAAAAAGGAAUUGUUCUUUGUUUGAUACCUGUUCCACCUGCCUCGCGUCGUAUCCAUCUCAUGUAGAAGUCAAUCCUGUUUGUCAAUGGUGUACUGAAUGCGGUGUUCGCGGAAAAUGCUUGCCAUAUGACGUCGAAUGCAAUGGCGAGAAAAAGUGCCUCUCCAACAACUAUACAACAAUCACGGAUUUAGAUAACUGUCCUGCGUUCAACUGCUCUGCUUCUGAUUGCGAGAACUGUCAUGCAAUCCCAAAUUGCUCCUGGACAUUUACUGGGAAGCACUAUCAGUGUCAGUUUCGAAACGAAACCGAUAGCAAUAGGAAACCUGCCGCCUGUCCUCCCAAUUGUCACACAUACACAUCCUGCAGCACUUGUCUGAGUCAGCCAUCUUCGGAGGGUGGUUUCGCAGAUUGCAGAUGGUCAACCCAGUUGAAUGAAUGUAUUUCCCCUAGCUAUCAGCCUAUCUACUGUGCCGGUAGCAUCUGUGGAUUGGUCUUGGACCCAUCGAAUAUCGAACAAUGUCCGGAACCUUGUGGCGCGUUCAUUCAAUGUGCCACAUGUCUUCGUCACGCGCACUGUGGAUGGUGUUCACGAAAUGGUACCGAAGGUGAUGGGGUUUGUACGGAAGGUUCCUUGGAUAGUCCGGUGGAUUAUCCGGCAGCUUCGACAUGCGACGUUAUCUAUAGCAUUAAGAACAAUAUCACAACAAUCGAUCGGAACGAUAGAUUCAGUUGGAACUACGUUAAAUGUCCGCCGGAAAAUGAAUGCGCAAAUAGCCAUCACAAUUGUAAUGUGAAAUCGGAACGUUGCGUUGAUCUGCUACAUGGAUACGAGUGUCAGUGUGCCAACGGAUAUAAAUCUGAUGCUGGAGUUUGUGUUCCUGUCUGCAAGCAAGGUUGUGUCCGUGGACUUUGUACCGAACCGGCCAAAUGCGAGUGUGAUUUUGGAUAUGUCGGUGCCAAUUGUAGCAUACAAUGCCAGUGCAACGGGCAUUCCAACUGUGCUGGACCUGAUCAAUUGGAUAAAUGUUUGCACUGCCAUAACAAUACGCUUGGUACCCAAUGUGAAAAAUGUAUGCCCUUUUUUGUUCGAGACCCGCGGAACAAUGGAGAAUGCAUUCCAUGCAGCGAUUAUUGCUACGGUCACACCGAUCUUUGUGUGGCAAAAAACAUGGAGCAAGUAGUGAAAAAUAUGAGUCGAGUUGAGCUGACAAGUUAUCUCAUAGAAGGACCUCAAUCGGAUGCGGUUUGUCUACGAUGUGAAAAUUUUACCGAUGGUGAUCGUUGUGAUACCUGUAUUCCUGGUUAUUUUCGUGGAGCUACAAUUGCCAGCGAUCUGUGUCGACCGUGUCAGUGCCAUGGGCACGGGGAUAUGUGCGAUCCGGUUACCGGAGAGAAAUGCAACUGCGGCAAUAACACCGAAAGUGACAACACCUGUUCGGCGAAGGGCAAAAAUCUGGCAUACAGUUGCUGGUCUAUGCAAUGUACAAAGUGUAAAGAUUCAUACUCCGGCCACCCGUCCAAUGGACACCAGUGUUACAAACACAUCACGGUGGACUCUAGAAUGUGUUUUGACGCCAAAACAAUAGAUGAAUGCAAAAUCAAGCCACAACCCCUGAAAUCCGGACAAACAGUAUUUUUUGUAAUACAACCGCGAUACAUGAAUGUCGACAUUAGAUUUAUGGUGGAUGUAACGCAAGGUGAAUUAGAUUUUUAUAUGAGUCCCAACGAUGAGUCAUUCGUAGUGCAUUCGAAUAGCAGUUCUGGGCAUCACGACAUUUUCCUAGAUAACCGCUACUCCUGGCAGCACGAUAUAGUAGAUGUUUCACCCGUAGAUACUUUUAGUCUGUAUCCCCUUUAUGUUAAUGGUAACGGUUCUGAUAUAAAUAUGGAGCCACCCAUAUCAGUUGGAUCGGCAACUCAUUCUAACUGUCGAAUGGAUACGGAGAAAUUUUUCUACGUGAAGGACAAAAUAGCCAAGGAUUUGAUAACAUACGUAACACUGUAUCAGUGCAAUUCACUGCUGCGGGUGUUUGGACUGAAGAAUCGACUAGUUGUAACACUUCCACAUACUAUACAUUCUUUGGGUCAAACAAAAUUUUACAUAGCAUUGCGAGCGCGCACCGGUUCAACGGCUAGCUAUGGCCUGGUAUUUUUUCGUCAAGAUCAGCUGCACAUACAUUUGUUUGUGUUUUUCUCAGUAUUUUUCUCGUGCUUCUUUUUGUUCCUCGCGAUUUGUGUUCUCGCAUGGAAAGCAAAACAGGCAGCUGACAUGCGGCGCGCCCGAAGACGCCAUGUGGUUGAAAUGCUGCACAUGGCCAAACGUCCAUUUGGUAGAAUAAAUCUUACCUUAGACAGUCCCAGUGAAACCCCCGCCAGCCAUCGAAAGCGAGGUCGAAGCAAACAUUUGGUGCAACUUCAGCAGGACAUUGCGCCGGUUGCGUUAGAGCCAACAUCGGACAAUAUAGCCGCCGUUGGUACCAUGUUCGUACGUCUUCCAGGCAAACAAAAGUCGCAAAUUACUCUAGCACUGGCAUCAUCGUUAGUAGUCCUAACGCGAAACCAUACCACGUACAAUCGGGCCUUUCUUCGGCGAAGAGGUUCGUCGCAUUAUCAAGCUCAAAACAUCCAACAACAUUUACAGGGCCAACAGCAACAAGUGCCACCCAUGUUCAUUGAUCUGCCACAUGAACAAGUUCCACUGCAACCCAUGGCAUUCAAUAGAGCGCAAUAGAUUACGUUGAUUUCCAAUUAAGUUUAGCAUAGCUAUUAUUUUAUUAUUUUGUAUUUUUUCUUACUCUCACUGUGGUUGGAAGUUACGCACAAGGUAUAUUUAAUUGUUAAUAUUUAUUAUAUUUAGAGAAAAAAAAUAGCAAAUCAGUUGUGAUAAUUUGGAAAAAAGUCAUUUACGCAAGGUAGUACUUAAUGUGAAACAAUAUGAGUUGGUUCACAAAUUUUAUAACGCGAAACCUAUCUUCCCGGGAGGCUUUAUUACAUAUUAUAUCUGACACCCGCAAACUCCUUCGUCUAUCGCUAUGAAAUUCGUGAAUUUGACUCAGUUGUAAAACAGAUGUUUGCUGGAAGCUCCAUUACAUAGUUGAAUGACUGUUGUGUAUCUAUUCUUAUAUUUGUUCGAUGCAGUUUGUUAUAUAAGUCCGUAUAAUCGUAUAACGAAUCGUCUUCAUAGUGAAGUUCCUGUAGACUUCGAAAGGGUUAAAGAUUUACUUUAUCUACGAUACACAAACAUUUUUUACAAAUUGUCAAAAUUGCCCCAUAUGUACAGAAAAUAAGGCACUGAUGGGACAGUUGUGCUUUUACGGGCAGUAGAUCUGUAAGGAAUUUGUGCUCCUUCUAAAUUUAUAGGAACAAAUCCCUCCUAUAUUUUAUCUCAAAAAUUUAGCCUUUAAUUUCCUUGGUGCUGUACCAAAAUUCCUGAAAGUUUUUUUUUUGCAACAAGUUAGUUAGGGUAGAUGUACCAGAUAUGGCUACA